AUGUCGCGCUCGACCACCCCAACACGAGAGCAAAGUCCCAACGCCCUCGAACCACCAGGCACACCUGGCGUACUUCACACCUCAGGCAGUACGGUGCGCGUGCAGCGACGCACACCUAUGCCGUCCACGCCCGGCGGCCACCGGCGCAUCGCCUCGAUCCCGCGCACGCCUGGGAGCAGCUUACCACCCUGCUCGUCCUCGCCGGCUUGCUUCACUUCGAUCACUGUGCACACGGCCAAGUGUUCCGAAUGUGACCAGCGCAACCUCGAGACGAUGUUGCGGUGCCCGGGGUGCACGUUCCAGGUGUGCAAGCCGUGCCGCGACAAGAGGGAGGCAGCAGACAGGAGCUUGGCGCAUGGGAAUACGAUGACGCCGCGGGCCGCGACGCCGGGGACUGGAGGCAAUGUGGUGCGGAGGAAGCCGGUGUCAGCGGUGAAGAGUGUGGAGAAGAAGGACGAGGGCAAGGAGACGAGGCAAGAAGAGACAGAGAGCGUUGGCAAGGAGAAAGUCAUACUGAACGGGAAGGUGGAGGUGAAGGGCUUGAAGGGGACGAAGCGCAUGGCAAAGCCUGCGCCGAAGCCCAAAGUAAAGGCGAUACCCAAGGCGAGGGCAACAACGCCAUCAUACGAGUCGUCCGACGAUGAAUUUGCCCCAGAUCCUGCGUCGCCUACUGCCAGCAAGCGGCGACGGACAGGGCUUGCCUCAAGGACCGAUGGUUCUUCUGAUGUACCUUCUUCAUUCCUCAAGGCCACCGACCGCAGAGGCUUCAAGGUACCUCUGAAGGCUUUCAGCCAGAUGACCACAGACGAGCUCCUAGCACAUCAUGGUGUCAACACCUCCCAGAGCCCGUAUAAGGCUCAUCUGCUGAGCCGUCACGAGCCUGUGGUCUCCGACCCGGUCAUCAAGAUUCCGGAGGUUGUGAAGCGGAGGUUUAAACCAAGACCGACCGCCGAGGAAAUCCAGCAGAACAUCCAAGUCAAGGUCAGGGAGAAGAUGGGGCUCGGAAAAUCGACAGGGGAUAGGAGCAGUAAUGAGUGA